ACACACACACACACGCGUGCCGUGAUCUCCGCGAGUGUGUUCGUGAUCUGAGGGAUGAUGGAUGUGAAGGACUGUGGCGGAGUGAUUCUGACUGCCUUUCAUUCAUUCAGGAUCCACGCAGAUGAGCAGAAACACGCAGCAGACAACAGGAUCCACGCAGAUGAGCAGAAACACGCAGCAGACAACAGGAAAGCGCAGUAUCAGCGGAUAGGCAGCAUGAGUUUGGAGCGGGACUCCAUGGAGGACUACUGGAGUGAGAUGAAGAGCAUCGAUGAGGAGCGUCAGGGAGGACCGGAGGAGCUGAUGGAGCGAGCCAGCGUGGACGAGGCGGAGCUUGAGGAGGCGUGGCUGCAGGAGGCGGGGCUCUCCACGCUGGUGACGGGAACACAGAGCGACGGCCCGGCGGAGGCUCUCCUCUCCACGCUCACGCGCUCACAGGCCGCCAUGGUGAAGAAACGGCUGGAUAACUACACGCAGACGCUGCGAAAGAGGAACAGGCAGCCCAUGAGACACGUGCGAGACGUCUUCUCCAUGUCCGACGCGUCGUCUGAACUGACGCCUCCAGUUUCUCCAAACGGACAGAUUGCUCCUAAACUGCCGCAGUGGAAUCCACCUAAAGUUCCUCCGUCGUGUGCAGCGGACACUAACGACUCCAGCAGCGCUUCAGAGACCAUCCUUCUGUCGUUUGAUGUGCCGUAUUCAGAAGUGGCUCGAGCUCAUCGGAAAGGCCGGGAAUGCCAAGACUGCAGGAGGAUCCGUAAAGACGACAGGGAUUUACCGAGUUUUCAGAUAGUGAGGCCCAGACAGGGCGUGACGCGAGUGAGCGAUCUAUCGUCUGAGGACAUCAAGAAGAUCGGCUACAUCUCCCUGAUCGAGCUGGCCACAUUCUACGACUUCAUGGGCAUCGAGAUGAAGAGGAACCGCGUGGUGCGCAGUAAAGCACGGGACAGCGGCAUAUUCGGCGUUCCUCUCACUACGCUGCUGGAAAACGACCAGAAAAAAUACCCUGGUUCCAGAGUUCCUCUGGUUUUCAAGAAGUUGUUGUCUAAACUGGAGCAGACGGGCUUACAGACAGAGGGGAUUCUCAGGGUUCCGGGAUCAGCGUCCAGAGUGAAGCACCUGCGUCAGGAGCUGGAGCUGAAGUUCUACGAGGAUCGUUUCGACUGGGAUCAGGUGCGUCAGAACGACGCGGCGGGUUUGUUGAAGAUGUUCAUCCGCGAGCUGCCGUAUCCUCUGCUGACUCAACAGCACCUGCCGGCGUUCACGGCCGCUCAGAGUAUCUCAUCACCCAAACAUCAGAUUCAGGCUCUUCAUCUUCUCAUCAUGCUGCUUCCUGAAGCCAACAGAGACACACUGAAGGCUCUUCUGGAGUUCCUCAGAAAGGUGGUGGCGUACGAGGAGAAGAACCGCAUGAGUCUGUGGAACGUCUCCAUGAUCGUCGCGCCGAACCUCUUCACGUUUCGCGGGAAGAACGUCAAACAGGAGGAGAUGCAGGGUGCGGUCGCUGCGGCCCAGCUCGUGCGUCUCCUCAUUACCCAUCAGGACCUGCUGUGGACGGUCCCGUGUUUUCUGAUCUCCCACGUCAGGAAAAUGAACGAAGCCGCCAUGGGCAAGAAAACACCGACUUCAGAGAAAAGCAAACGCAGGCUACUGAAGAGAUGGAACACGGAGAAGGAGCGCGAGCGCAGUGAAGUGAGUGCUGAUGGGAUUGAAGCGGUUCAGAUGAGUGUGUAG